UUCUGACGUCAGCUCUGGGGAGUGGAGAGUGCAAACGCACACGCGCCUUUAGUUGGAGAAAGAGCCCAUUCUCAACUUUCCGCAAAGGAAACGAUUUCAGAAGUGUUUUUCCUUCCGUUAUCUCUACUUGCUUUUGGACAAUGCUUGACCCACACAUGUCCGUGUGUUGACAGCGCUAGACACUGUGUGUGUGGUGUACACUACAGCUGCGUCUUUCCCCGACUCACCUAUAGAGCGUAGGCCUAAACAGGUAGGCCAGGUAGGCUACGGGAGCGAAAUCAGGAAGAACAAGCACAUCUGAUUGUUCACACUUUUUCUCUUACCUCUGCAACUAAACUUCUCCCAAUAACGUUUGCAGUUUUGAUAAUUCUUCUUCGGAGAGAGUUGAAGCGUGAAGAUGGAGCUACCAGUUCCCAAGAAAAAUAUGCUGAUUCUAGUUGAUGUUUUCUGUGUGGUUAUCGCGGCCCUUCCGUCAGCGGUCUUGACGUUAAUGUACAGCCCGUACCAGAGGGGUAUCUACUGUGAUGACGAGAGCAUCAGAUAUCCUUACAGAAGAGACACCAUCUCCCACAGGGCAAUGGCUGCAGUCACCAUUCCCUCCUCCAUAGUCAUAAUAACUACAGGAGAAGCGUACCUGGUGUACUCCAAGCGUCUCCACUCCAACUCUAACUUUAACCAGUACAUGUCAGCUCUCUACAAGGUGGUGGGGACCUUCCUGUUUGGAGCAGCUGUGAGCCAAUCACUGACUGACCUGGCCAAGUUCACCAUCGGCAGGCCACGCCCUAACUUCCUGUCUGUGUGUAAUCCCACUGUGUGUUCUGGGUACAUGCUGCAACUCAACUGUACUGGCAACCCUCGAAACGUCACUGAGUCCAGAUUGUCGUUUUACUCCGGACACUCUGCCUUCGGGAUGUACAGCAUGCUGUUUCUAGCAUUGUAUGUGCAAGCACGUAUGCAGGGGAAGUGGACUCGUCUGGUCAGACCCACAGUGCAGUUCUUCCUCGUGGCGUUUGCGUUGUAUGUUGGAUACACCCGGGUUAGCGACUACAAACACCACUGGAGCGACGUACUGGUGGGACUGCUGCAGGGAACUCUCAUCGCUGUGCUCAACGUUUGCUACGUCUCUGAUUUCUUUAAGCUCCGCCCCCCUCGCUGCCCACGAUCAGAGACGGCUGAAGACGAACACCUAGAGGCCAAACCUGGCCUGAACCCAGACACACAACUACACAACAGCCACUACAACUAUACAACUACUACAGCCUGAACACAGACUAACAACUACACUACCACUGCAACUACACAACAAUCAUGGCAACCGUGGGGAAGUGGCGGCAACAGAAAUUUGGGUGGGCAUUUAAAAAAAAAAUUUAUUACAAUGUUUUGUUGUUGGGGAAAGGAGAUAAAUAACUUCCUGCAAUGUUGCCAUGUGGCCAAGAGAGAAAUGUACCGUUUUAUAGCUGUCUAUGAAUUCUAUCUGAUGAUGUUUGCAUGUUUAGGUAAAAAGACGACAAAUAAUUAGAGCCCGACCCCGUAUUGGAUUUUUGGGUCCGAUACCGAUUCUGAGGGAGGGAAAAUCACAGAUUACUGAUAUCUGUCGAUAUAUUGGUUUUUUUAGAGGUUGAAUGAAAAACAGACCAAAUUGUGCUUCAAAGGAUCAACAGAUACUCUAAAUGAUGAUUUCUUAAUUAACUAAAUAUUAUAGUUAACAUUAUUUAACAACAUUUUAUUUGUGGUUAACAGGAGAUCAACCAAAAAGCAAUUAUGUUCUCUAUAAAUUCGACAGUGAAUACAAAGCUUGUUUAGUUGACCUUCUUAGGUGCAACUUAAAAAUGUCUAUGGCAGUGGAAAAGAGGUAUGAAAAAGUAUUUGUGCUAAACCACCAUAAGGGUGGUCAUGUAAACAAACACUUUAUGGUCCACCAUGCAAUGAGAGUACGUUACGACAAGCACACGCUAGCUGUUCAUUACGACAAUGUUUUCUUAAAGAAACCUUAUUUACAUAACACUGUUAUUCAAUACAAAAUGUAUUGGCUAUACAUUUCAACUGCAAAUGGCAUGCGCUGAUGACUGAAAAUGUUUAUGCAUGUAAAUUCUUGCUGCACUGGUUUUUGUCACACGUUCUAAUUUCGCGAGCUAGCUAACAUUAGCUACUUAUCUCAUAAUGAAUGCAAGCGCAUGGCCUGAAUGAUAGAUUUGCGCCAACUGUCUUGUUUUUUGCAGAUUGCAUAUUUCAGAAAACUAACUAAAUUAGCCCACGAGCUAACAUAAUAGGCCCUGACAGUAUCGGUCUUCUUUUUGUAUCAAGGACGAGUGUUCACUUUGGCGUCAGUCCAGUGUUGGCACAUACGUAGCACAGAUUGCUGGCUAGAUAGCUAAGCUAACUACCUUGCUGGUUAGCUAGCCAGCUAACGUUAACAAAGUGAGACUGUGAUGAGGACAGGGCUUCUUGCUUGGUGAAGUGUACCUUUGAUUAUUUACUCAUGCUGGCUGUGGCAAGCUACUCAAGCUACAAACCACCAUGUCUACUUUCCCUCACAUUGUGGACUAGGGCUGAAUGAUGUUCAAUGAGCAGCUGGUAGAGUGCCCUCUUUAGGCAACCAUUGAAAAUGGAGCAGACAUUUGUUUAUUCUAUGUAUAUAAUAUGGGCACUUUAUCUGUGGAAUAAAGGCAGAUAAAAAUAUAGGCCGAUUUAAUAUCGGUCGGGCUCUACAAAUAAUGUCCCAUUUGGAACACUGACAAGGAAAGAGCAGUACUUAAAAAAAAAAUAUAUAUAUAUAUCUCUAGAAAGAAAAUAGGUUUUUGCUCCCAGUGGGGGCACCCAUGCCUACGCCCCUGCUGUCUGGCUGUCUGUGUGAGAGAAGUGUGUAUAUCAGUGUAGGCUCAUUGUAUUGGCUGGACUGGAAUGAAUGGAACGUAUCAAACACCUCAAACAUAUGGAAACCACAUGUUUGACUCUGUUUAUUCCGGUCCAGCAUUACAAUCACCCUGUCCUCCGAUAGCUUCUCCCACCAGCCACCACUGGUGUAUAUGAGAAGAUGUGUAUAACCACUCACAUGCACAUGCAUUUAACUUUGUAUUUUAUUUUAAUACAAUGUACUAAAAGUAUGGAUGAUGAGACAGUUUUUUAACAGAGACAAAGAAUUAUUGUGUAGUUCCCUAGAUUUCAAUUAUGCUAACAGGAAACACUGAAACAACUUUUUUAUUUUUUUAAAAGUAUGAUUCAUUUAUAUUUCCUGUGCAGCAGCAUCAACCAGAUUGUCUUCUUGGGAUUUGUAGUUUGAGUGUCCUGUAGUUAUUUUUUAACCCACCCACUAGUCUAGUUUGUAUUUGUAAAUGAGUUUUGUGUGUUUGUAAUGCUUUGAUCCCUUUUACCUACACUGGAGCUACUAAUCCUCUCACACUUCUUCCAUCAAGACAGCGGUCUCCAAGCCUCGUGCUGGGGAGCUACUGGGCUGCAGGCUUUUGUUCCUGCCCACCACCAACCUACCUGAUUUAACUAGUCGUUGAGACCUUGAUUAGCUGAAUCAGGUGGGUUAGUGUGCUCAUCCUGUAGUUCUCCAGGGGUACCUAGCAUGUCUGUAGAAGACAUGCAUGUACAGUAUAUGGAAUGUAAAACAGUGUUGCAUAGAUAAUUACUUUCUAACUAACUGUUUAUUUCUGUCGUAUCUCUAAGAAUGUAAUACCACUACUAGCCCACUGUGAUGUUUUUUAAAAUGUUAUUGAUGCAACUUGUAUUAGUUACUCCAGUUCAUUAUAUAUAAAGCUGUGUAUAACCUGCCUUCUCGCAUGGCAACACAGGUCCUGUGAGAUCAUGAUGCCAUGUGCUGCCUUUGAAAUGUUGAUAAUCGUCAGUGUGUCAAUGAUUGAGUCACUCACUGAGGAUGUUCUCUGAAAAACACAUUACACUUCUGCAAAGGGUUAAGAUAUACACUAUAUGACCAACAGUAUGUGGACACCUGCUCGUCCAACAUCUCAUUCCAAAAUCAUGGGCAUUAAUAUGGAGUUGGUCCCAGCUUUGCUGUUAUAACAGCCUCCAAUCUUCUGGGAAGGCUUUCCACUAGAUGUUGGAUCAUUGCUAUGGGGACUUGCUUCCAUUCAGUCACCAGCAUUAGUCAGGUUGGGCACUGAUGUUUGGCGAUUAUGCCCGGUUCUCAGUCGAUGUUCCAAUUAAUCACAAAGCUGUCCGAUGGGGUUGAGGUCAGGGCUCUGUGCAGGCCAGUCAAUUUCUUCCACAACGAUCUCGACAAACCAUUUCUGUAUGGGCCUCGCUUUGUGCAUGGGGGCAUUGUCAUGCUGAAACAGGAAAGGGCCUUCCCCAAACUGUUGCCACAAUGUUGGAAUGCACAGAAUCGUCUAGAAUGUCAUUGAUUUCCCUUCACUGGAAUGAAAAAAAAAACAGCCGAAACAACUAUUCCUCCUUCACCAACCUUUACAGUUGGCACUAUGCAUUGGGGCAUGCAGCAUUCUCCUGGCAUCUGUCAAUCCCAGAUUUAUCCGUUGGACUGUCAGAUGGUGGAGUGUGAUUUAUCACUCCAGAGAACGCAUUUCCACUGAUCCAGUGUCCAAUUGCGAGCUUUACACCACUCCAGCUGACGCUUGGCAUUGCACAUGGUGAUCUUACACAGAGCGCGCGUGCACCAUCUUGCAUACAUUUAUUUAGUCCCCCCACACCAAACGCGAUCACGACACACAGGUUAAAAUAUCAAAACAAACUCUGAACCAAUUAUAUUAAUUUGGGGACAGGUCAAAAAGCAUUAAACAUUUAUGGCUAGGUAGCUUGCACUUGCUGGCUAAUUUGUCCUGGGAUAUAAAUAUUGAGUUGUUAUUUUACCUGAAAUGCACAAAGUCCUUUACUCCGCCAAUUAAUCCACACUUAAACGGUCAACCGAAUAGUUUCUAGUCUCUUCCUUCCAGCCCUUUUCUUCUCUUGACUUUAUAUUGCGAUUGGCAACUUUCAUAAAUUAGGUGCAUUACCGCCACUUACCUCGUUCGUCUUUGUCACCCAUGUAGGUAUAACCAAUGAGGAGAUGACACGUGAGUACCUGCUUCUAUAAACCAAUGAGGAGAUGGGAGAAACAGGACUUACAGUGUGAUCUGCGUCAGAAAUAUAACUUAUUUCUAUUUUAGCCCUUGGCAACGCAAAAGCUCGCUGGUGCGCGCACAAUAAUUGAAUAACAUAAUUGAAAAAUGUAAUUUGUAAUGUUCGCACACCAGACGCGAGCGGUGUAGUCAGCCUGUUAGGCCUGUGCGGCUGCUCAGCCAUGAAAACUAAUUUCAUGAAGCUCCAGACUAACAGUUUUUGUGCUGAUGUUGUUUCCCGAGGCAGUUUGGACCGCGGUAGUGAAUGUUUGCAACCGAGCGGUCCUGUUCUGUGAGCUUGUGGCCUACCACUUCGUAGCUGAGCUAUUGUUACUCCUAGACGUUGCCACUCACAAUAACAGCACUUACAGUUGACUGGGGCAUCUCUAGCAGAGCAGAAAUUUGACGAACUGACUUGUUGAAAUGGUGGCAUCCUAUGACGGUGCCAAGUUGAAAGUCACUGAGCUGGGUGUUCAAUUUAUACACCUGUCAGCAACGAGUGUGGCUGAAAUAGCCGAAUCCACUAAUUUGAAGGGGUGUCAACCUACAUUUGGCCAUGUAGUGUAUUUUAUUGUGUUUGUAUCCACACUGUAAUCCUUCAUAAGCUUGUCUGUAACAAACUGUAGCUGUAAUCAAAUGUAUGUAUUUCUUCUUGAUGGAAAAGGGAACUUGAUUUACAGAAGUGUCUUUCCUUUAUAAUCUGACAACUCCUGCUGAGACGAAAGUGCAUGCAGAACCACAGUUACUGCUGUGGAGGGAUGGGUAGAGAGGGAUGAUUGGAAGAAUGGAGGGAUGGAAUGAAUGCAUAGGAUGCCUUCAACUUCAUCGAUUCAUCCAAGUGAUUCACUAGGACUUUCCCAAUGUUUGUUGGGGUGAUGGCACACCAGACCCAGUGAUGAAGACAUUGCACAUGUUGUCAUAGCUUUAUUUCAAUUUGUUUUAUUUUAUUUCUCUGUAUUGCAUUUUUGUAGUUUAUGCAUAAAGACUAACUAAAAUGCC